GGCCACCUAAAAUUAUAGCUGAAAAAAAACUUCCAAAAAAAAAAAAAGACUAGUGGACUGAUAUUUGAAACGGCCUUGAGCUAACAGUGGCUCUGACAGUCUGGCAUGCAGAGACACAUAUAGAUUGUUCUGCUUUUACACUCCUCAACCCAUGCUAUAGUUUCUCCAUUUCUCUAUUUAAUCACAUCUCUUGCUCGUUGUAACCUGUUGUCCUGUUUCUAUUUUGCUGUGUGGAAACUUGGGUGCGUGUGUGUCUGCAUGUGCAUCCAGGAAAGGAUGGCGAGAUAUUCUCCCGAGACCAAGUGGCACCAUUUGGUGGCUUGGCUAUUUAUGUUCAUGCUUGUGUUGUGAUUGUGUCCUGGUCGUACGGCUCUAUCACUGUGACGACUACAUCUUCCUGUGCAACUGUGCAUGAUUAUGCAUGCAUAGUUUUGCAUGUGUGCAAGGCUGUAUGCAAUUUGACCCCUGGAAAUCUUUCUUUAGCAUCUGCUCCUCUCAUUUGUGGCAGAAAGCCGAUCCCUUUUGGUGAACUGGCUCCAGCAUCAUAUGACUGACCAAAUUGCGAUGAUGUUUUGGAGUGCGCGUGUUCUGCAGUACAAAAUGACACUGCAUAUCAUAACAGGUUGCCUUUUGGCUAUUGAUGUAUAUGUGUGGAGUUGUGUGGGUGUGGCUGUCUCCUUGCAUCGCCUACAGGACGCUCUAAGCACCUCCCAGGCCUGAAUGGGCCCGCGCAGCUCCAUAAAUCUAGCUCGUGUUGCUCACACAGCAGUAAUCUCUAGCGUCUUUUAUUUUCGAUGCCUGCAAGCCUGGAACUCUGUCUCCUUAUCUUCCUGUUUGUUUUCACAUCUUUCCUUUCCUGCCUGUCUAUCCAUUCAUAACAGCAAUUUGGCUUUCAUUAACUAAGGAUGGGGGGGAAAAAAACAAAAACCAAUUAGCACCUACAUUGCCAGAAGCUCUCCUUGGGUUACAGAAAGUGACAUAAAGAAAAGGAGAGUUUCUCUGAAGUUUCGCACACAUAUUUGCUCAUUUUAGCAUUGUCCUCCACUCAAUUUCUGUCCCCGCUUGUUUUAAAGAGGACACUUGCAGUGUAAAGAUGAUUUUUCUGUUAUUUCUUUAGUCAUUCUAGCAGCUUUCCCAUCACAGGGAUGCAUCCAAAAAAUCUUUUAAUGCAGUCAAACACAAGACCCACAAAUAUAGAAACAAUGACUCACACAGUGAAGCUUUUAAACUCCAAAAACCAACAUUUCCAAACCACACUGUAUAGACAUAAACAGACUGACACAUACAUACAGUAUCUGUCUCGUCUAGUAAUAGCCAAAGGCAGAUUUUCAGAGAGCAGAACACCCAAGGGUGCUGUUCCUGCUAAUCCAGGUCAGACCAGCUUCAGUCUUGGCUGAACCACCCAUGAAACCACAGGAUUUUUAAUCUGUAAUUUUGCCUGUGCUUAUGCGGUUGGCUGUAUUUAAGGUGUUUCCUCUCAUGUCUUCUUUGACACGAACACAUUGUUGCCCCGUGAUCGCCCUCCACGUGCCAUUUAUUCGAGGGCUGCCUAAUUUUUUGCUGUUUCAGAAUGAUGCAGCAUGUCUGAUGCUCUCUCGGCUCUCUGUCUGUCUCGCUUUCUCACACAGUCAAGGACACACACACACACACUCCAGAAUAAAUUAAUCAGAUAUGAUAACUGAUAGAAGCAAACGCGAUGUAUGCAGGACUGCAGUGUCUGUGGUUUGUUUCCUCAUGAAAAUUGGAAAUUGACUCAUCACAUAUUAUGUGGUGUGGCUAGACAUUUUAAGCCAUGUUCUAUUUUUAGUUAUUGCAAUACAGAGAUCUUUUCCUUCAUUUAAAUCUAUUGAGGGGAAAAAACAAUAAAACACUGAGUCAUGUAGGUUGAGGUCAGACACAGCGGAUCACAAAAUACAAUUUAAGGGUUAGACAGUAAAAUCUGGUUUAUCACCUGUGGUCUUCUUAAAGCAGACAGUUUGGAAAUUGUUGCACUGACUGGCAAUGAAAUAUUCUCGGUCUUUGUUUCUGUCUCUCUCUGUCCCACUGGAAUACAUCACCAGAGUUAACAUAAAUAUUUAAUCAUUUUAUUAUCUUCAUUCCUGUUUAAUGGCCCAACAUACUUAAUAGCAAUGCACUCAACAACAUCAGAGGCCAGGUUAUACAAAAAUAUUGACUUCUUGAGUCUUGUUAAGCUCCAUUAUGGUUUUCUGGUCAGCUGUCUUUUAGUUUCAUCUUUGAAAGAGAAUAUCUUUGUGCUUCACCUUAACAUUUAUUUGGUUGAAAUGACCUGUGCCCACAAGUGGCUAGGAUUAGCUGGUAUCAUUGAUGGUGGAGCAUCCAAAAGAGCCUAACCCCACGCCCUUAAUCAAACGAUUAAAACUUGUGUGGCCGUGCUAUGGCUUAGCAAAUUAAUGACAUGUGGUCACAGUGCGUGGUGAUAAUUGCAUGCUGGUUGUAUCAUCAGGCCAUGGCACAGCGGUGUGGAAAUAAAUAAAAAGGAACCGCUAGUAUAGAUUUUUCCAUCACUAUUUUGGGAUGCCUCUGUACACGGGAUAUCAGCUUUGUUUCUGCGCGCACAUUUGCUGUCUUGUUUAAUGACAUUCCUGCAUUUGGAGAUUGCAUGAUGACCUCCUUUGCGAUACAGCCGAGCAGCGUGUGUAGGAUACUCCAAUUUAGUGCUUUUAGGUGAAAAUCAUAUCUCUUCAUUUGAUGAUUUUUUUUUUUUCUUUUUUUGAGAUUUCAGGCCAGCUGACGGAUUACAUGCCUCCUGCACUGCCUGAGAAAAUGCUUUGACCACUCGGGAUUAUAAAACCCACUCAAUGGGCUGAACUGAAUAAAAUUAAAAAUGCAUUGCUAUCGAGGUAAAUGCUUUAUCUGUCAGAUGCAAGGGUUUUACCUAACAAUUCGAUUGUUUUUGUUUUGUUUUCUCAAUUCUAAUACAAUGCGAGGAACUCUGCAGAGCAGCGCAACUAGAUAAAUGAUAUGCAGGUUAUUUGAAGUAAACACAACAAAGGGCCUUCCUGUUAUGCCAUGGUGCUCUGUAAUGUGGCUAUCUGACUAUUUCUGAGUCUCCCUGUGAUUUUUUUUUUUUUGUUGCUGUUUACACUUAUGCUCUUCCCCUCCCCUCUAUCUUCAUAUCUGUUUCUUUAUGUAAGCAAGUGUCUUUUAAAUAGAAGCAGAUGGAUACUGCAUUAGGCUGAUAGCAAUAUGGAUAUUGCAAGAAAAAUGGAAGCGAGGAUGAAAAUGUGCAUUAUAUCAAACAUAGAAAUGUUACAUUAACACGCUCAUUUACAAUAUUUGACAAGGAUCUUUCAGUUUUCAAAAGAGAACACACAAAGUUAUAUGUUUUUACAAUUUAACAAAUUAAAUGCCACACAUAGCAGUUGGAAUAUUUUUGAUUAUUAAAAGAAAAUAAUGAAAACUCAUAAUCCAGCCGACAUGUUUGACCUGUGGUAUGGGCUUUCAUAGGUAGAAUUUCCUUAGCUGUGGUGUUUGCAAGCCAAAUAGAUUAGGAAUCUCUGAUACACAGUAUUUUGCAGAGUGAGCAGGGUUGAUGUACUGACUUUGUGGAGUGUGAUCUCGGCGGGCCUACAGUUCUGCUUUUCUGUGCCAGACUGAAGUCCAGAGGUGUUUGUCUUGGCUUCGUUCUCUGUUUGAUCAGGCUGUUUUGAGAAUACUGACUGACCUGUGCUGAGGCCAAAUACAUCUCUCUCCUCACAACUUUAGCAUUUCCUUUGCCUCUGUCCCUUCUCUGUCCUAUUGUCUCACAAGUUUAGAACUUUGAAACAUUAAAUUUAAUGUUCAUUUUCAAAAUAUUCUUAAACCUAGCAGUUUGAAUUGGACCUUUUUUUCUUUUUGUACAAGAUAAAGAACAAAAUCAAAAAUAUAUUUUUUUUCUUUUUAUUCAUGCAGUUUUCAAGGGCCCAGUUUCCUUCUUCUUCCCCUUUUCUUGUUAGUUAUCUGAUCUUAACCUCACUCCAAAGUUUAGUCUUAUAUGUGGUUCAGAGAGGUCACUAAUACUUCUAACCUUACCACGGGUAGUAGGGAAAAUGUCAAGACCCACUUAUAGAUUGCAUGUAUUGCGAAAGAGACUCCAUCCUUUGAUCUGCUGUAAAGUGCUGGUCAAUAAAACUCUUAAAUGCCCGGUGUAGUGCAUAGCACUCUGCACAACAUAAAUAUCUGCAUUCGCAUGCAUUUUGGCUGGGCGCGUUAAGGCUGAGAGAGCCUAAAUAUUUCCCAUAAAACUAUUACAAAGCACUAAAUACUUUUUCCUUUUGCAAUGCAUCAUUAAUUUCUAGUGUUUGGUGGCAUUUUCUCUCAUUCCUGCCAAUAGAUUUCUCAAAUAAUGUUGUUACUGCAGUGACUAUCAACAAGGCAACCAUCGUGAACCACAGUUACCUAUGCAAUAAAUACAAAUAUUUAGUCCAUUUGAUAAAGGAUAAAGAAAGGUUUCUCUUGGACUUGUAAUCUCACACUAAUGUUCAGCACUUGUUCAGAAAGAAAAAAAAGAAUCUCUUUAAGUAAAUGUGCCAACGGAUCACUGAGAAGUGCUACGCCUGCAGCACCAUGCCUGUUUAAUGGGUGGCGUUUCCUCUUUUAUAAAGGAUAUAAAAAUGUAAUUCUAACAACCGAUCUGCUUACUCUUUCCCUGCCAUCACAAUAUUAUUAAAAUUAAGUAACACAGUAUCCUAUAUACAACACUUUCCAAGUAAUUCCCGAUAAGAUCAUCACUGAUCCCUGCUGAUGGAUUUACUAAAGGGCAUACUAAGAGAGUAUAUCAAAAGGAUUAUAUCAAUUUCAAGCUGACAAUGAAAAUUUUUCAUGGAUUAUACACUAAACUUGUUCAAGGCAGGAAGGAGAAUAAAAAUCAAUCAUAUCAACCAUGGUGUACUAAACCUGGGCCUGUUCUCUAUUCUUAAGUGUAUUUUUAAAUUAUAUGACAUGCUAAAUAUGUUGCUUGCUUAAAGGAGUCAAUCUCCUUCAAGGCUAAAGCCUCCUGACACUGGUUUCCUGUGCUAACCUAAAUUCUGCCCUCAGCUUCUGAAGUUACUCCAGCUCUGGUCCUACUUCCUUCCCAGCCUCCAUCCCCAUUUCCAUAUCUGUCUCUGUGUCGUUCCUUAACCUGAAUCUCACACCCCAGCUUCACAUAAUUUCCUGCUGCCCCCCUGACCUAAGUACCUAACUCAUCUCCACUAGUGUAAUACCCUGAUACCUGCACAGCCUAUGAAUCCUUAGGGUCCUAAUCGGCUUAGCCAUCACCUGUCAUGGUAACUAAAGUAAUCUAUUUUUUUUUUUACUGGAGCAUAAUAUAUGCUCCAUUUAUCACAAAUUAGUAAAAAGGACUCUUUAUGUAUCAACCUGUGCUCAGGUUUUCUGAGAGACGCCUUAUAUAAAAAGCUGCCAGCCCUGGUAAAAUUAAAAAACACCCAGGUUGUACAGAUAUGUUUAGGUUAGAAAUAGGGCUAAGUUUCCACCAAACUGAACUAUCACUUUAAGAGUUCGGACCAACGGCUGAAGAGAGCCUUAAUACGAUUAGCCCUGGCACUUGACAGCUACAGCUUAAGAGGCACCUCCGUUGACCUGUGUGUCUCUGUCCAGCAGAGAGUGUACAUGUGUAUUUCCUUGCAUUCAUAUAUGAUCUUAAGGUUGCCUUUUUAGAGCAUCAGGGAGGCUGUUUGUCUGUCCAUGCACAUACUCCUGUAAACCUGAAUUGAACCAAAAGCCAACUUUUUUUUUGUAAAUCUUUAUCUGUUACUGCAUGCACUGGAGCUCAGCAAGCCAUGCCUGUGCAACCUCAAUCCCCCAAAGUCAGAAUGCAGGAAGUACAUAACUUCAAAGGCAGAUGCAUAGUCUGUCUUUAUCGCAGAAGGUUUGUGCCACUCAAGAAUUUACUUUUUCACUCUUCUGCAUGUCAAAACCCCAUAUCCACCUUGGCUAUCACUCACUGCUGUUUUGUCUCAGGCUGUGAUUUUGGAUAAAACAGGCUUACAAGCAAGGAAUUUAAAACAAGAAAACGAUUCAGCAAACACAAAGCCGAUGGAAUCACUGGAAUUUGCCACUGAAGUGUUUUUACUUAGAACUGAGUACUGGGUACUUGAGGCUGUGCCAAAGACACUAUAUCCACAGAGAGACUUGAGUAACUUGACUUGAAUAUGAUCUGCCGGUGGUUGCGAUGGGCUAUGGGGUUGUGGUUGGGUGCGCUAGAUGCCGCAUUGCUCUAACUGGGUCGUUUUGGCACUCUAGGGCUGCUAGUUGAGGACAGCGAGGAAUAUACAGCACCGUGUUCUUUUUCACUCCAGGCACUUCAUUGCGAAAGCCAGGCACCACACUGUGAAACAUUUAAGUUGGCAUUAAUAUCAUAAUCAGAGGUCUGUUUAUUCUCAGACAGACAGCAGGCAGUUAAACAAAGAGACCUUCCCCUCUCUCCCCACAAUAAACCCUCAGUGGUGCCGCCCUCCUCCUCUUUCCUUUUCCCAGCCUCUCGCCCUGUCCUAAAGACACUUCACAUUCCCAACAUAUUCAACCAUCAUGGCCCACCAGCAUCAACAGCACAAACUUGACCUGGAAAUAUAUCUGUAUUAAAAUCGUUGAACAUUUAUCUGCAGCCAAGCAGUCAGACUCAACAAGCUGCCGGCCCACAUGUUAUGACACUGGGGGAAUAAUAGCUGCAGACAAGUAUGUCAACAGAAAGUUUUACCUCUUAUAUUGGGUCUGCUGCAGAACUUGAACUUUAGCAAUUUAGCAGCUCAAACAAAUUAGUCUAUAUUUAUUCCUUCCAGAGACUGAGGGGGUGGUCGAGUGUGCAUGUAAAAGAAAAAAAAACAGUCUCAAAAAUGCUAACGUGUCUGAAUCAAGCAACAUGGUGUGUGUUUGUGUGUGUGUGUUUGUGUGUGUGUAUGUGUGUGUGUGCGUUUAAAUAUAGCUGUUAUUUUUUAGUUUUUGUUUUACAAGGCAUAAAAGAUAACUAAGUAUGUCUCCCUAACACAAAACACCAUUUAAGCAUUUUAAUAGUCUAUAAUAUAUUCUGACCAAUCAAUUGUCGCUUUCUUUAAAGGUUUCACUCGUUCGGUCACAAGCAGUGCAGUGACUUGUCUUCAUUAGCGUGUAAUAAAGCAAUGACCACUGGUCCCACACAUGUAGUUUUCCAGCUGGCUCAUGAUAAGGCAUAUUACUGAUAACUUCGCAAGUAAACAAUUCCUCCAGCCUCUCUCCCUCACUUCCUCUUUUGCGCCCUUGCCUGUCUGCCUCAUUUUAUACUUUGUCUCAGGCCUUAUCUAGCGUUAAAUAUUUUUCACGUAAACUCACACUGUGCCAUCGCCCAUCGCCAAAUAGGCCGGCUGUUACAAAACACACUCUAUUUCAUGCCAGGGUGCCGGCUCUGGCAACACUCAGCCACUUCUCCAUGCCACUCUGUGUAUGUGUGUGUCUGUGUGAGGGAAAGAGAGAAAAAAGAGACAGAGCUUAACAGUGGGAAUAAAAAAAACUGACAUAUUUGAAUUUAUGAGCUUUUUUUUUUUCAAUAUUUUCCCACCAUCAAUCAUGUACUGUAGAAAUGCCAGUUUCCCACAAGCUCGUUUCACUAACGUUCACUUACUCCAGAUUCACCUUUGACCUUUCAUAUCUGAAUUUUCUUCCCAGAGAAGCAAAUGCCACAUUCUUUUUUUCUUGUCCCUCACCUCUAAAACAAAAUUGUAUGACAAAAUCAUCCCACUAGACACACAAGUGAAUGCUCUCAUCCUGUAGAUCCACAUAUGGAGUGUAAUGUUUGCUGGUGUCUGUGCUUUGAUAUGUGUGUGUGAGUCAGUGCCGAAGGUAGAAUUUAAUCUUUGAUAUCGUUAUCAGUUCCAGGGUGAUGGUGGACUGUUUGCAAGACCCACUGGAGCUCUGACCUACUUGUGUCAGUGAAUAGGUUGCAUAGGCUGUUUUUUUUUUUUUGUUAAGAGUGUGUGUGUUUGUUAGAGUUUUGGGAGGGUGUGCACUUAAAGCGAACUCUGUGUGGACACAGGGAGUGUGAGAAGCUGGGUGUUUUGACAGCUUUAGAACAGUUCCAGCACAGUGUUGGGGCAGGGGGUGAGCUGGCCUGUUGGAUAUAUGAGUGUGCGGCGAGGGUGAGAAUAGGGUCAGCGGAGGAGUGGAUAGGAGGGGAUGAGAUAAACGCAAGAAAACACUACCAAAAAAUGCUCGUUUUGAAUUUCUUUAUGAGUAAACAUCUGAAAUGAAUUGAUUUGAAAAUGUAUUGUUUGUUAUCCCUUAGCAAUACAUCUGAAGAGCAAACCUUACCCCUUACUUGCAGUUAAAAUAAAACAGAUAUUAGUCUUGAACUUUACUAAGCUUAAACAAAAUGAAUUAUAUAGAAAUAAAUGCAUUUCAACAUGCCAUUCCUUCCUUUGGUUAAACCAGAGGAGCACUAAAUAUACUGCAGACAAAACUGAGCAUUUGUCCAAGCAGCAAGACGCCUCUUUGCCGAAGCAUUCCUGCCAAAAGAGUGAUCUCAACCCAUUCUCCCAACUUUAAUCUCACCAAAGUGUAAAAGCUACGGGACUAAACUUCCCACACAGUUAAUAAAAGACCCAUAAAGCUUGUUUAACAAAACACAGUCCUUUUUGUUUUACUGUAGCUGAAUGGGGCCAGACAUCACCUCAGAAUUGUGCUGCUUAAGAGUUCUCUCACAAGUACACCUCUCCCCCCAAAGAAAUAGGGGAGGGGGGGCUCUCCACAUUUCCUAAGCCCUCUCUGUGCCAGUGGUGUUGAACCCCUGCUUUCUCCAAUGGCAUUCCAGCCCAUCUUUCAUGCUGUUUCAUUGUGGCCAUGCCAGCCAGGUCAGGGGGCAGUAUUUUCUCAGGGCUUCAAGACAGCAUUGGAAAGAUAGAUAUAAGACGUACCGUCUGACUAUUUGUGCACUGAAUUCCUGUUUGAUUCCUGUUUGUUGUCGUUGUGUCUGCAUGUGUGCGUGAUGUGCAAGAAUCUACACGAACACAAACAUUUUAUAUAUGAUUGCUGCACUUAGGUCAAAUAACACACUGACCUUCUCUUUAAAAUGCUUAAUAUAACUCAGUAUGUUGUGACACCCAUGGCUAACCUGCGAUAUAGAAUCUGUCUCAAAGAUGUAAGCUGCCUCUUUUGAGGUGGCUCCGAGUGACAGCACUGACUUGAUGUAGCCGUAAGAGCCUGCGCCGCCUUUGUUUUAGAGAUUACAGUACCAAACUCUGCCAGUAGAUGUCCGUCUUCAGUCUUGCACAGCCUCCAAACAAAGUUGGCAGACUGGCUUUCAAAGAUAUUCACAUGAUCAAAUUGGUGACUGUAUCAGUAUCCUAAGUGUGUCAAAUAAGUUAAAGAUAAAAUGAUGCUGAAUGUUAAAGAAAUCCCACAUCCACCUUUUAUCUUGAGCUAUACCCAUGACUAUAGUGAGUGGCAGAUGGACUGGUAAAAGCUCCUGCCUUGAAAGCAAACCUGCUAAAGUUUAAAUUAAACAUAGUUUUGCUUGAAGAAAACUGGAGGUAUUUUGCUGACAAAGCAAAGCUCAGCAUUCCAGCAGUAAAUUCUUAGACACUGAGAUCUUGGAAGAUGUGAUAGCAAACGCUAUGUAUUCUCCUUGGUCCAGUCUGUGAUCUCCUUUUUUACUGGCUUUAGUAGCAGUAGGCUACAGUUGCAACGUGGUAGUUGCUAUGCCUGAAAACCCGGAGUAACCUUAGGAGAAAAUUUCUCUCCAUUGCCCAUGAGUAAUAAUAACAGUCUUGCAUUAUUUACCUGGAUAGAGCGUGUUUGCAAGGGUUAAAGGGGAAACGUAGUUAAAUCCCACUGACAUGCAGACAGUUGCGUGGAUAACAUAAAAACAAACAAACAAACAAAACAAAAAAUACCCCGUGCUUACCUAUGAUUGAUUAUUAGGUAGUGAUUAAAGGCAGUGCAAAGUGGAUGCAAGCGCUGUAUCUGCCAAAGGCAGCACGCUUUGUGGGCCGUUCUGCGUUAAUAGGAUGAAAAGAACAUAGUUUCUGGGCGGGGAUACGAUGAUAUAUACAGGACAUGAUUGGCCCGCGUGUUCUAAUCGCUGAGGGGGCCUUAAGUGUUCCUCUUAAGCCUCGAGAUUUAGGCUAUUAAAGUAUUACAGUAAUAAAGUUAGUGCGUUUAAAUUGCGUUUUAAAUUCCUCAGCCACUGUUGCAUGGUAAUGGUCAUCCCGGAGCUGUUUGACAGUUGUUCUUAUUCACAGAAAUCACACAGCGCAGUAAAGAAAAAAACGCUAAUUGCAGAAUUUCCUAUUUUAAUCAAUAGACAGCUCAAAAGUUCCACUUUUAGUCAUCAGUGACGUCUUCCGUAUUCUCAAGUAUUCUUCCAAAAAUGUCAGUUUGCGGGAUAUCAAGCUGUGUGUCUAAAGCCUCAGAAAGAUGGAGUGCAAACGUCUAAUUUUCCAACGGAACUUGAACGCAGCAAAGGAGAAGUUGGAAGACUUGUGUCGUGACGCGCAGUCGUGGAGGCGUGCCUCUGAUGAAAUCAGCCGGGGAAACAACAACAGAAAGGGGGUGGCUCAGACCAGAAGACUCUUUCAGCCAGUUGUGAUUGCAUUUCAUCCUCCAAAGUGUCAGUUUGAAGAUAACAAAGCAUUAUAUUAAGUCUGCAGCAGCGAGCUGGUUCUUGUUGAGUUCUGUGAGGCGCUGGAUUAAGGAGGCAGCGACGGGAAGUAGACUAAAGAGGAGGAUGUGAUAGGGCAAAGGUCCUGUCUGCAGUUAUCUGUGCUCUUUGGCAAACAACGGGAUCGCAGAGAUCGCAUCUUCCCUCUCCGUGCGUCUUUGUCCGGUUUCAGUGACCGGCUCAACCACCAGCAGAGUGGCAUGUGGGUCAAUUCCGGAACCGUCGGAAGGGCCCUCUCCAUGGAUAUAGACACAGACUAUGAGCGGCCCAAUGUGGAAACCAUUAAAUGUGUGGUGGUAGGGGAUAAUGCAGUAGGCAAGACCAGGCUAAUCUGUGCCCGGGCCUGCAAUGCCACCCUCACACAGUAUCAGCUGCUUGCCACCCACGUGCCAACCGUCUGGGCCAUCGACCAGUACCGUGUAUGCCAGGAGGUGUUAGAGAGAUCUCGUGAUGUAGUGGAUGAAGUCAGUGUGUCUCUGAGGUUAUGGGACACAUUCGGGGAUCAUCACAAAGACAGACGUUUUGCCUAUGGCAGGUCUGAUGUAGUGGUGCUUUGCUUCUCUCUGGCUAAUCCCAAUUCCCUGCGCCACGUCCGCACCAUGUGGUUCCCGGAGAUCAAGCACUUCUGUCCCCGGACGCCCAUCAUCCUGGUUGGUUGCCAGCUGGAUCUGCGCUAUGCCGACCUGGAUGCUGUUAACCGGGCGCGCCGACCGCUAGCCAAACCCAUCAAACCUACAGAUAUCCUUCCUCCAGAGAGAGGCCACGAGGUGGCAAAAGAACUUGGUAUUCCCUACUAUGAGACCAGCAUCGUUGCCCAGUUCGGUGUCAAAGAUGUUUUUGACAAUGCAAUCCGUGCUGCCCUUAUCUCCCGUCGACAUCUGCAGUUCUGGAAGUCGCACCUGAAGAAGGUCCAGAGGCCCCUCCUCCAGGCGCCAUUCCUGCCUCCUCGGCCACCACGCCCCAUAGUGGGCAUCCCAGACCCGCCUCUAACAGACGGCGAGGGCCCCGACUCCCUUUUCUGUCAGCCACUGUGUGCGGAUGUUCUUUUCCUUCUGCAAAGUGGCACUACUCGAGUUUUUGCACACAAAGUCUAUCUGGCUACAUCCUGCUCCAAGUUCUAUGACCUCUUCACCCUUGAUCUCGGUGGAUCGUGUACCGGGCCAUGGGGGGAGGAACAGGAGAGCAAGGAAAAAUCGGAGAGCGGGGAGGAAGACGAGCAGAGCCGGAGAGGAGCCAAGGAGCAAGCUGGACGUACUAAGAGCCUAGAUAUUGAUAAAGAUGGGGUUGACGGAGGAGUGAGAGGCCUGAAUCAACCCCAGCUGCGCCAGCAGGGCUCUUUGAGGACUUCCCAGAGUGAUAAUGCACUUCCUUCUCGAGCCCAGUACUCCCUGGGAGCACUAGGGACUGGGCGAGCACUUUCAGGAUGGGGAAGGGGGUUCUUGAGUGUUUGUUUGGAGCACAUAGAUGAUCCCGUGACUGGACACCCACGACUCAUGACUGUGGUAGCCAUGGAUGCACUUAUACAGGAGGAGCCAUUCAAGGCUGUGCUUCAGUACUUAUACACCGGCAGUUUGGAUGAGGGUCGAGGAGAUCUGAUGCAGGUCGCCACCAUCGCGGAGCUACUUGAGGUGUUUGACCUGCGAAUGAUGGUGGCCAAUGUUUUGAACAGAGAAAGCUUCAUGAACCAGGAGAUCACCAAGGCCUUCCACGUCCGCAGAGCCAACCGCAUCAAGGAGUGUCUCAAUAAGGGGACAUUUGCUGAUGUGGUGUUCCGACUGGAUGAUGGUUGUCUCCCAGGCCACAAGCCCCUGCUUAUCUCCAGCUGCGACUGGAUGGCGGCCAUGUUCCGUGGCUCUUUCAUGGAAAGUUACAUUGAGGAGGUCUCCAUCCCUAACACCAGUACAGCCUGUAUGCGAGGGGUGCUGGAGUUCCUGUACUGUGGCCUCCUGACGCCUUGUCCUGGUCUGGAGCCCAUGGAACUAAUCGUUCUGGCCAACCGUCUCUGUUUGCCACGUCUCGUCGCCCUCACCGAGCAGCACGCUGUGGAUGAGCUUCUCCGACUGGCAGUGAAAGGAAUUGACAUUGAUGGGCAGGUGUUGGCUUACCUUGAACUUGCACAGUUCCACAACGCAAAGCAGCUAUCAGCUUGGUGUCUCCAUCACAUCUGUACUAAUUAUAACAGCAUCUGCCGCAAGUUUCCCAAAGAUAUGAAGGCCAUAUCUCCAGAAAACCAGAGGCACUUUGAGAAGCAGCGCUGGCCACCCGUGUGGUUCCUGAAGGAAGAGGAUCGCUACCUGCGCUCCCAGAAAGAACGUGAACGUGAAGAAGAGAUCUUGCGCAAGCAACACACCAAAAGGGGCUGGUGUUUCUGGAGGCAUCCAUCCUCCUCUCCACAUGUCUCUUAAAGCGCCCCAACCUGGAAAGUUGCACCUCCCCAUCCACCUCCACACAUAUAGAGGAGAAUUACCACGAACCCCUCUAUUAGUGGAUAAAUGACCCUCAGAGCUAAUAUGCCUGGAUGUCAGCAUGUUUGGGGGAAUGUAUGUGCCUCUUUAUAAGUGUGGGUGACCACACAAAUGCAUUUUGCUAUCCUGUGUGACACGUGUGGAUUCAACUCAUGGGUAUGUGCAUGGAGGUGUGAUUGUAUGUGUGCGGUAUAUUGUGAUCGAGUGAUGCUUCCAAGUUGAGUGCUUCCCAAACGCCCUGUUUGAUAAUGGCCUGAGGUUGCAGUGCAGCCCCUUUUGUCCCUCCAGAAGAGCUCGGUCCCUCCACCAGCACUCACAGUGUCUAAGCCGCGUGAGUGAUUGGACUGGGAGCAAGGGCUCUCUAUUUCUCUCAGUCUCCAUCCUUCACAUUGACCUUAAUGACUAUUACACAUUGACCACUGCGGCUUCUCUUGGGGGAGCUUACCUCUGCCUUCACUUCUAUACAGACUGUUAGCAUGCACACACAGACCUAUGCCCAUUUUCCACCCCCUUAAAAAAACCAGCACUGUAUUCCCAGGAAUUGACACUGACAAUGUAAUUAUUAUUCCAACAUUGUUUUUUUUGUUGUUUUUUUUUUAUGUUUGGCGCCUUCUAGGAAACUUUUAUCAGGUGAAAUGGCGCAUACUACUUCCAGGAAGCUGAUGAUUGCCGUCACAACCACGCGAGAUGUGAUUGUAAAUCUAGAGCCGAGGUUUGCUGGCAAGGGGGAACUCUAAAACAAUUAGUACGUUAAAAUGCUCCUGUCAAGAGGAUUGAUCAUAGCCUUCGGUGAUCCCGAAGUGGUGGUUCUUGGUGUUUAUCACCCACCCGUGCACUUCCCAAUCCUUUGCUGCGCACACCAAGCCACAAAAAAACAACAAAAACUAAACAAAAAGCUCGAAACCCUCGAAUGACCACAGCAAUGAUAGGGGCAAAGAGGGCCAGCCUUACUUGAUACCUCCGCCAUGGAGGAAUGAUGGAUUCAGUAUUAAACAACUGCGCUUGUAACGUCCACGACCACUAUGUUACACUGAAGCACCUCAGCCAGCCUGCCUUUAUACCCCUACGCCACUAGGGGCAGCACUGCUCAGGGCCCUGACACUAUCUUUCACACUAAUGGAUUUUAGGCCUGUGUCUUCUGCACUAUACUUUCAUUUGAUGAGAUUGCCAGUAUAACUUCAAUCCUUGCAGUGUUAAAAAAAAAAAAAACUUCAGCACCUGCAGUGUUAUUAGUGCAUUUAUAACAAAACAACAACUAUAUAUAUCACCAGAUUUAUUAAUACCAAAGCUGUGAUUCUUCUUCUUCAAUUUAUUUCUGCCUCCUUCCUGCCUUUCUUUCUUUUUUAUUUUUAUUUUUCAGGAAGAAGGGAUGUAAGAGAGAAGUGAAAGUGAUUGUAGGAGAAGAAGAAGGCAGAAAAAUAUUUGAAUCCUUUGGAUGGGUGGUGUUUCUAAUCUGUGGUGUCAGGAGAAAAACCGUCACUUCUGAACAUUGCCUUCGUUUCUGUUGCUCAAUUUGAAAAUGGUGCUGAAGACACAGUAAGACAGUGUUCGGAAGAACACACUCAAGAAUCUGUGUAUUUUUUUGUGUUUACCUGCAAAGAGAAUGGAGAAAUUUAAGGAGGGGUUUUAAAUUUUGACAUAGGAGCAUUUUAACCCUUAUUGUUUCUUCUUCCUUUACUAACAGUCUGUAAGAGGUCAUAAUAGGUCAUUGAUAUUUAGAUUGUGUGGUUUGUCUGAUUUAACCCACAGCAGUUACAAACCUUUUUUUUUUUGCUGCUUUCUGAUUCAAAAACAACGUGAUCUACGUUGCUUCGUUAAUCAAUAUUGAAUUCGGAGGCGUGAUCGUUGUUUCAAGAAACUUUUCAGUAUAUUGCUGCAUAUGAGAGCAAAUCUGAUUUUCCUGUUGAGGGUGCUAAUUUUGUCAGGCUUUCGUACUGAUUGUGGAGGGAAAAAAAAGAAAAAAGAUGUGUUGAUGAAUUUCUAUUAGCACGUUGUUCUAUUUGUGGGUUUGCGCCCCUCAGCUUUACCCAGGCACUAGAUAGAUAGAUUGUGUGAGACAUCUGGUCUGUUCUACCGUGCAAAGUCAUUGUCAGCUCCUGAAGUAGAAGUUGAGUAGGGCCUCAUGAGACUCAAGUGCAAACUGAGCUGUUUCAUCUCCAGAAAGAGUGAAAGUGAGCAUAUUUCAGUCAGGAUUACACAUAUCCUGAAUAAAUUCAUAGAUAGUUAAAAAUAUCCCAAUGCAUGGCUUUGAGAACUUAGAAAAGAGACCUGAAGAAGAGGAAAGACUGUUUUUGAUUAACUUACUUUUAAGUUUCUCAUAGAAUCUUUUUGUCUUAAUGGUGUUAAUGGUUAGUAUGUCCCCAUUAAGCCUAUCUUGGUCCAGGUGCCUUAUAGAUGGACAAAACUGGAAACUAAAGUGGGAUUUUAGCAGCUUCUUAGUUUAAAGCUGCAGACUGGUUCUGCAGUCAGCGACAUGAAGGACACUGUAGACAAUGGCCAUGAUCAUAACUGUAAAAUUUUCUGUGGUGAUCCUUCAUGCAUCUUCAGCUAUUAUUCUUAUUGAAGGAUUUUUAAGACGAUUGCCUGUGCAAAAUCCUUUGGCCUUCUGUUUACUUCAUGCAGACAAAUGGCCUUUUAAAUGUUUUUUUAGUAUAGUAGAAUAUGCUGGCCUUAGAGUAAGGUGUUUUCUCUGAAUCGGGACUCACGUCAUGGUUACGUUUUUUUCCACUGACCAGAUGACUGAGUGGUAGCAACAACACCAAUUGCAUUAUAACUUCCAAACCACUGUUUUUGAGAAAGCAAAGCUUUUUAUUAAUUAGCGCUGGCUGGCCUGUGCGCUGGGAGGGUGCAACCACUUUUGGAGUGAAGUUAAUUUCUGGCCUACCCUUGUCAUUACAAUGACAUUUGAGUUGGAAUGCACUUUUUCGUGUGUCUAUACUAUACCUCUUUUUUCUGCACUUAGCAUGGAUUGAUCCUUGUGUAAGAUUGUUUGUAAACCUGAAGAUUGUAGCAUGACUUUUCCACUCAAGUCUUUCAAAUCCUCCACAUCUCAGUGACGAGAUGGACGACACAACUUCUUCAGCUUCUUUAAGGUCUUGUACGCAUUGAACUCCACAGUAGCUCUUUUCCUCGCUAUGUGGCUUUAUGCACAUGCCCUUUUGUCUAAAUUAGCUCUGCACAGCUGAAGGUAGUAUCCAGCUCUAAAUGAUACACUACACAGGUUAGCGUGAUAAAAUAAUGCAGAGGAUCUGUUCCUGUGGUGCAGUGUUACAGCUCUCCAUGUGUGCUGUUACUGUAGUUACUAAACUUAAUGAAGCUUGUUUCUGUCAUUUUUUUUUUCUUUAAUCUUGAAAAAAAGAAAGAGAGCAGUUGAAAUCAAGGAUUUAUAAUCCAGUGUAAGAAUAUGAUGCUAAACGGCUGAAAGCCAAGAGUAAUGUUUGGAUUUAGUUUGCAUGUAAUGACAGAGGAAUUGUAUAAGGCAUGAUGCAUGUUUCAGCAGUUAGAUAUAUGUUACAUAUACAGCAGUUUCUUAAUUUUUGUUGUUGUCACUCUGUUUGGGGAUCACAACGCUGAAGGUUGACAGGGUUGUGGGAAAUGUAUAAAAUAGAAAUCAUAAAAAACACUAAUAUUGAUAACAGUAAUUAUAUUUGAAAGCUAAUUUGGGGUGACAGGGCAUCGAGAAAGGGAGCAUCAGGCCAGAGGCAGUUGAGAGAGGGAGUGAUGGAGAGCCAAAACUCUAAGCUUUGUUCAUUUUAUUUAGCUCAACAUUUGCCCAACACUGACUCCUACAGGCAAAAGUUAUGUGUUGUCACACUGGCGGUAGAGUUCCUUUGUAUUGUCGUGAUCUCUCUAUCUAUCUUGAUCACAGUGUAUUUACUGUCACAUUUUCCUCUGCUAUUUGAGAUGGAGCAGUUCUUCCCUCCUUGUAGACCUGAGCUCCCUAUUUUAAUGUAACACCUGGUGAUGGAGAGAACACUUUUUGGGGGGGAUUGGGGUUUUGUUGUUGUUGUUGUUGUUGUUGUUGUUGUUGUUUUUGGUGUCUGGUGUCUCUCUCCUCCUGUGCCUUUAGUGAAUUUUCACUCUUUUAGCUCUGUUCAGGCUGACGGCACAGCACUUACAGCCUCCCGGGCACAAAUUAAAGUCAGUUAAGCCAAGAAGUAACACACAUGUGAACGCAGAAAUAAAUGUAGGUUGAUAUACAGCAUCUUAGAGCUUAUGUGGAGUGACCUAUGUUUCUUUAAUGUUAUUAUUCAGGCAAAAAGUAGUUACAGUCUAUUGGAGUCAAUUCUUCCAGUGAUUACAUACAGAGCUUUUCAAGUUCUCUAAGUGACGUCAUCAAAAGCUACACAGCGGAUGACAUAAAUAAACCAAGAAACCCAGCAAACCAGCAAUUUAGAGUAACGUUUCCUUUUCAGGUGCCUGCACAUUUUAUUAUGUAGCCGACUAUUAUGUGUCUGAUGAGUAUGCUGUCCAUAUAUAUAUACACACCAGUUUUUAUUGAUCCAAAUCAAAAUAUCAUUUAAUUUUCCAUUUCUCUACUUAAUCUUUAUCUUUAAGACAAAUUCUGUAGUGCACUCUAUUGCUUCCACUAUUUCAGUAUCCUUUUAUUUGGGGAACUGCAUCUGUGAAUGAUUGAUUGGAUUGAAGGCAGUUGUUAGCUGUGACAUCUGUAUUAUUCUGCAUUAUGCUUUAAUGAAGGUAGGUACUCUCCAAAGUACAAUAAAGUGUUGUAAAUUUAAUACACGUCCCAGCUGGACAUAACCUGUCAUCUUCUAACUACUCAUCACACUGUAUCUCUUCAUUAGAUUCAUGUAUAAGAAAAGAGAGGUGUUCAUAUAGAGAGACAUGGUGUGAUUAACCCCCUGGUCUAUACUGUAACUUGUGGAUCAUAUAUACUGUAUAGUAUUGUUAUGCACUUUUGUUUCCAUCGACUCAAACGACUUAAUAACAUGUACUGCGUACGUUAUUGUGUUUAUUACAAUAAAAGGCAAAAGAAAGAGCACACCACACUCACAAACUAUUAAGGGCUUUCAAAUUUUUUUUACAACAAUCAGAAUGUUUUGCUGCUUUUGCAAAAAAUGUUUUGAAAUGAAAAUUUUGUAAUAUUUUUGAACCACUGUGAUUUGUAUAAAAAAUAAAUUCAAAAAGAAAUGUAGAGAAAAGGGUUUUUUUCUUUUUUGCCAUUUCAGUAUUUUAAUGUUUGACAUGAAUUUUAUUAAAACUAUUAAUCUUUU